AGACUGCUCACUAAUCCUUCUGCUGAGCUGUGAAGAUCCAGCACCAAGAUGUCAAAAGAAGCGAAAAGCAGAGAAGAGAUCCGUACAUUAGCUGAGAAAGUGUUUGCAACCGAGGUUCUCAGUGAUGACGCCAAGGAUGAACUAUCCCUCUUUGAUGUUGUGGAACACUGCCCCAUUGCACACCAUGAAAUGAAUGAUCACAUGGUUCUCCAAGAUACUAAGGAGGCUCAAGAUAAAAGGAAGAAGCGUCUGCAGCGUCUGAAGACGAUCGUUCUUAAAGAGCCAGAGCAGAAAGAAGUUUCUGAAGCAGAUGCAGCAGAUACACCACUCUAUCAAAGUGUGCCAGAGUUCCAAAGGGUACAGAUUACUGGAGACUAUGCUUCUGGGGUGACAGUUGAUGAUUUUGAGCUGGCUGGAAAGGGUAUGUUUCGGGCAUUGACCAUAAGGGAAAAGUAUAUGCGUGCAUCUUUUCAGAGAUACCCAAGAACAGUAGCCCAGUACCUCCGAGACAUUGAAGGUAAAACUUGGAAAGAGGAAGAUGAGAUCCAUCCAGUCUUCAGCCCACCACCACAAAAGGGAGAAGACCCUUUUAGACAUGAUAAUCUGCCUGGUGAUCUCGGAUACCAACUGGGAAUUAAAAACGGUGUGAUUUAUAUUUACCAAGACAAAGAUGCCCUGUCCAAGGGUAAACCCAAAGAUUUCAACUACCCAGAUAUUCAUGAAUUUGUGGAUGACAUGAAUUUUCUGAUUACACUUAUUGCUCAAGGACCUGUUAAGACGUACAGCCAUCGACGUCUUAAGUUUUUGUCAUCUAAGUUCAAAGUCCAUGAAAUGCUGAAUGAAAUGGAAGAACUUAAGGAGUUAAAAAAUAACCCACAUCGAGAUUUCUACAAUUGCAGAAAGGUCGACACUCACAUCCAUGCUGCAGCUUGCAUGAACCAGAAGCAUCUUCUGCGUUUCAUCAAGAGGUCAUACCGGAUGGAUGCAGAACGUGUAGUGUACAAUGCAAAGGGGAACCAGUUGACCUUAAAACAGGUGUUUGAAAAGUUGAACCUUCACCCCUAUGACCUCACAGUAGAUUCUCUUGAUGUCCACGCUGGAAGACAAACAUUCCAGCGCUUUGACAAAUUUAAUGCCAAAUAUAACCCAGUAGGUGCAAGUGAAUUACGAGACCUGUACAUGAAAACAGAAAACUUCAUUGAUGGGGAAUAUUUUGCUACUAUCAUUAAGGAAGUGGGAUCAGAUUUAGAAGAUGCUAAAUACCAGUAUGCUGAGCCCCGCCUCUCAAUCUAUGGACGCACCCCAGAUGAAUGGGCAAAACUUGCAGGUUGGUUCAACAAGCACAAAGUCUACACUCCAAACAUGAAGUGGAUGAUUCAAGUACCAAGAAUCUAUGAUAUUUUCAGAGCUCAGAAGUUUAUUCCACAUUUUGGAAAAAUGCUGGAAAAUAUCUUCUUGCCAGUCUUCGAAGCUACUAUCAACCCCAACGCAAACAAAGAACUGAGUGUGUUCCUGAGACAUAUAACUGGCUUUGACAGUGUGGACGAUGAGUCUAAACACAGCGGUCACAUGUUUUCAACAAAAAGUCCAUCACCCCAGGAGUGGACAAUUGAGAAGAACCCAUCAUACUCAUACUAUAUCUACUAUAUGUAUGCCAACAUUAGAGUGCUGAACAACCUCAGACGGGAGAGAGGAAUGAACACCUUCCUUUUCCGUCCUCACUGUGGAGAGGCUGGUGCUAUCACUCACUUACUGGCAGCAUUCAUGACAGCAGACAACAUCUCUCAUGGUUUAAACCUGAAAAAGAGCCCUGUGCUGCAGUACCUAUACUUUUUGACAAAAAUCCCCAUUGCUAUGUCACCGCUGAGCAACAACAGUCUGUUUUUGGAAUAUGCCAAGAACCCAUUACUGGAUUUCCAUGAAAAAGGCUUGGUGGUCUCAUUGUCUACAGAUGACCCUAUGCAGUUCCAUUAUACCAAGGAGCCCCUUAUGGAGGAAUUUGCCAUUGCUGCCCAAGUCUUCAAGCUGAGCACCUGUGACAUGUGUGAGAUAGCCAAGAACAGUGUGUUGCAGUCUGGUAUGUCCACUGAGGAAAAGGCACACUUCCUGGGUAAAGACUAUCAUAAGGAAGGACCUAAAGGAAAUGAUAUUCGCAAGACUAAUGUUGCUCAGAUAAGGAUGGCCUACAGAUAUGAGACUUGGCGCUAUGAGCUCGAUUUAAUCCUCCAAAGUCUAAAAACAGCAGAAUAAUUAACUCUGUUGCCUUUCUGACCUAUUGCUGAGGACAUUUCAACCACAUGCAGAGAAAUAUCCUUGC